UCGUGCCUGUUGUCUCGGACGUUGGAAAUUCAAGCAGAGGUUAUCGCCGUGCGAUGUUGUGAUUUGUUCGUGGAGACAGUGUUUGGAAAACGUGUACAGAGAUCGCGGUAUCGUUGAUAAAAGUGCUCCAUCUGUAACCUACAACGUAAAAGAUCUUUCGAAAUGGGCGCCAACAGCGGCACGAGGGGCUACGCACUUUUCGCGGUAUUACUUCUUCUCGUCGAAACUGUUCACAGUCUACGAUGCUAUCAGUGCAUCAGCACAAACAACUCGCAUCCCUUCCAAUGCAACGAAUUUCUCACGAGCGACAUCGAUAUCGAACCAGAACCUUGCGAUGCUGUUUUCGGUGCACAGUAUUGUGUGAAGCACACGGGUCGAUUCGAGGCCACGAGUCUGGAUUGCUAUCAAUGCACGUCGCAAGAGGAAUUGACCUGCGGAGACGACAAAUUGGUUAUAAAUUCCUUGAUACCAACGAACUGCAGUCAUGUUUACAAUGCACGUCAUUGCAUCAAAUCGGUUGGACUAUACGGAGGUGGGAUCGGUACAAAACGAUUCUGUUCAGCGUUGGAUCUGGGGAAUUAUUGCGAUUACGUGAAACGGCAGGGAGACAAAUUAACUUAUCGAACCUGCAUCUUUACCUGUACCGGCGAUGGAUGCAAUCCAGCGGCUACUUCCGGACCAAGCAUCGCGUGGAUAAUACCGAUUGUAUCAUUAGUAGCUUACAAGUUACUCUACCAGAGGUAGACACUCGUUCGAACGAAUUUCGUAAGCGCGAUCACAAAGAUAACUUUCGAAUCUCGACACAAUUAAUCUGUAAAGUAACAAUCCGUCCUUGAUCCGUUAACGCGAAUCAAUGUCUAUACUAAUCCGUUAUGUACUUCGAGGGAACAAUUUAUACUCGAUUAACAUUAUCAAGUUCGAGUAACGCCAUUGUGCCUUCUUUUCCACGAACCAGUAGCUCGUAAGGAUCCGUGCAGAGUUCGAUUAUUCUGCAUUAUGAAUUUAUCGUUUUUCGCGUAUCGUGCGAUUGCAUAUACGCUUAUAUUUGUUAAAAACAAUCGUACCUUGCGCGGACAAAAUCUGAUUUUAUCACACGACGAUGUACUUUCGAACUUAGAGUUUAACCGGUUAAGUUAUUUAUAAGUUUUGUAACGUCCACGUUUCUUGAACCGAAUUACGAUAAGUUACCUUUCUUAUACAAUCGUUAAUCUCGCGGUACUUGUAAAGAAUUAUUUUUUACUAUUUUUUUUUUUUUAUAAUAUAUUUUACCAGAGAUUUAUAUCUAUUACUUUUGUAUAAUUUUGUACAAAGUAUGCACCUCUAUGCGCGAUAGUUUUCUUUUUAUACUAUAGAAUAUAUGUAUAUGAAAGAUAUGGAUAAGCUCCGGCUGCGAUUUUUACGUGUGAUUAAUUAAAUAAAAAUUAAGAAAAACGUGUACCUUCUGUAUGGACCAUAAAACGAACACAAAUGGGACUGAAUGAUUUGUUCUUUAUUUACGAACGAGAUCCCCGUUAGUCUCACAUUUGUUCCUCUGCGUAUAAAUAUAAUAUCAUAGUCGAUCAACUGCUGAUAACAAAUUAUUUCACGACGAUCUGUAAGGUACUUGCACGUUAACGCUCUUUGGUAUAUAUAUCCGUUUAUAUAGUGAACAGUUUAUAGGAUAGCAUUCUUUGAUACGGCGUUCACUCUCGUAAACAAUUAAGCGAAAUCUAUCGUAAGCACGGAAAGCUUCACACGGUGCAAAACGUGUAUCGCUUGCAAGCAGGGAUUGGAAACUGUUGUAACAUCAAUUUCGGUUCUCGAAACAGCCACGAAGAACCGAAAUAGCAUUAUAAUUCUUUCCUACCCAUCGUCUUUCAUAAUAAUCUGAAUUCAAAGAUUGAACGAUGAAAUAUUGUUGAAUAUCAUCGGUAAAACUAACCCGUUUGGGUGUGUGGUCGCUUAUAAGUGCUCUGUCGAUCGGUGAACGCUAUAGCGUUAACGUAAACGUUAGCACCGAAAAGGUUAAUGAUUUCUCUGUGCACUUAUGGCUGUGUUAAGUGACUUUUAGGAAGAUAUUUCCGUUCAAGCUAUAAACCACCAAUUAAAAACAAAUACACUGCUGACCAAAACGAAUAUGUAAAAAUAAUAAAAAAUAUUCUACAGUCGAGAAAUUAACACUAGCAACCACUAACAAUUUAUAUCGUAAUUAGUUUAAAAAGGCUAGUAUUUGUUGUAAAACUUUUUUUUAUAAUUUUUAGAGAGCAAUAAUUUUGACCAGCAGCGUUCGAUAAAUCGUAUUUAACAUUUUCGUUUGACAAUGAUGAAUUUGAAGCACGCGUCGCGCGUAUAAGUUGCGACAAUUGUUUACUCAAGUUGUUAUAUUUAUCUGAUCGAAGUUACAGCUAAAUAUAUCGUAUGAAACAUAUAUGUAUAUAUUAUAAACAGUGUAUAAACCAUUACUUAAUUUGAUCACUAUUAAGCGGUAAUAGAAUUUCACGUGACUAACAAUCUCUCGUUUGUUGGUCCUAGACGAUAUAUAAUUUGACACACACGAAUCGGCGUUUAUUUUAUAAUGUAAAUAGAAUCGAAUCGAAUGCUGUUUUGUCCUCUUCUUUAGCAAUUCGUUUGUUCUUUUAAUUGUUCCUUGUACGCGGAUCUGUAUACCUAUCCGUGUUCUCAAUUAUAGGAUUUACACUGUGCGCGUAUUGCACUCUACACUCUAUCGUAUAAAAGAUGUCAAGCUAAUGUUUCAAACUAAUCGUAGUGUACAAUAAAUACAGGGUGUUUAAUCGCCCUUGGGAAAAAUUUUAAUGGUGGAUUCUUGAGGCCAAACUAUGACGAAAAUCAGGAAUACUAAUUUGUUGAUUGAUGGUUUGUUAAAAAGUUAUUAACGUUUAUAGUUGCGCCUGUAGAUAGGAAACCUGCGCGCGAUAGUGGUUCUCACUCAGCAUGAAAAACUAUACUUUGUGACGUAUCGACAGCUUUACAACUUUGUGAGUGAGAACCACUAGCUAUUGUCGUUCUACAGGCUGAACUUUAAACGUU